GUCGAGACGCACUACCAGCAAUCAUUUUCGUCAUCUGCAUAUGUUAGGGCAAGAUUAAGAGACUGGAACUAUGGCUUCAGAGCAGAGUGCGAGGCAAAUCCGUGCCUCGGUUCUGCAUGGCGCAAAGGACCUGCGAAUCGAGAACCGCUCGCUUCUCCCGCCGUCCCCAACAGAGCUCCAAAUCAGCGUCCGGAGUACUGGUCUCUGCGGCUCUGACCUCCACUACUACCGACACUACCGUAAUGGCGACAUUAUUGUGCGAGAGCCCAUGUCACUCGGACACGAAUCAGCCGGUGUAGUAGUAGACGUGGGUUCAGAGGUCUCUGGCUUCAAGGUUGGAGACAAGGUUGCGCUGGAAGUAGGGCAGCCCUGUGAGAAUUGCGACCGGUGCAAAGAAGGGCGGUACAAUAUCUGCAAGGGCAUGAAGUUCAGAAGCAGUGCAAAGGCUUUCCCUCAUGCACAGGGAACACUGCAGGAUCGCAUCAACCAUCCCGCUGCAUGGUGUCACAAGCUACCCGACGACGUGUCACUAGAUUUAGGUGCCCUGCUCGAGCCUCUAGGCGUAGCCAUCCAAGCGUCGAAACGAGCACAGUUAGCGCCAGACUCAACGGUCCUAGUGUUUGGAGCUGGCGCUGUUGGUAUUCUUGUCGCAGCCAUGGCAAAGAUCUCUGGAGCGGGUACCGUGGUGAUAGCAGACAUUGACGCUGGACGAGUGCAAUUCGCGGUAGACAACAAGUUUGCGCAUCGGAGCUUUACCGUGCCCAUGAAGCGCGGAAACACGAUAGAAGAGCAACUCGACAUUGCCAAGGAGGUAGCUGCCGAGAUUGGCAAGACUACAAAGCAAGGUGGUGGAGAAGUAGGCGAGUUCGAUGCCAUCUUCGAGUGUACUGGCGUGCCGUCGUGUGUACAGGCAUCGAUAUUCGCGACACGACCUGGCGGUAAAGUCCUUCUGAUUGGAAUGGGCACCCCGAUUCAGACUCUCCCCAUCUCUGCAGCUGCCCUUCGCGAGGUCGACAUCUUGGGCGUCUUCCGAUAUGCCAACACUUACCCUACUGGCAUUGAGGUCGUUUCAAAGAAGGGUGCCGACUAUCCCGACUUUUCAAAGCUAGUAACGCACCGAUACAGGGGCCUCGAGUCCGCAGUGGAGGCAUUCGAGAUGGCGGGCAAGACCAAGGAUGACAGCGGCAAUCUAGUUAUCAAGGUUGUACUCGAGACUGGCGAGGAGAACUAGGCAAAUGCCGGAUUGCUUGUGGUGCUUGAAAAGUUUAGCGUUGGGGACGGUGUAGUGGUGUGAUGGUAAGCGUAUUCUGUUCAUGUCGUAGCG